AUGAACAUUUCGCUUUCGAAUUUCGAAUAUCUUCCCGAUGUACUCAUUUUUUCGUCAGAGGCAUGGUUGACUCUUUUGAUGUUAUUAUCAUAUCUAACUCUUCCAUUUCAUAUAUAGGUGCACAAAAUUAGGCAAGGGGAAGAGAGUUUCCCGCUAAUAGUAAAUCAAUUUCACAAAAUGGUAAAAAUCGCUUACUUUGCUUUUUUCAUGUUGAUUAUGUUGGUGGUGGUAAUGUGCUUGCUUCUUCUUUUUGGUACUCUUCUCAAGCAAAAAUUUGCCUUACAACAACUUUUUACAGCUUGGGUCAUAAUUAUUUUUGGUAUCGCUAUAAUAUUACACAUUCUGGUCUAUUUUGUAACACUGCAGGUGUUUCAUGUUUUAUUAUUCCUGCUAGCCAUUCAAAACUUCUUGCGAUUUUUUGUUUCAUUGAGAUUAUUGUUUCUGCAGACCUCAAUUCAAAAAUAUGUUAAGCGUAUUUAUAUAUUUUUCAUUUUGAAAGACUUUGUUAGUUUUUUAAUUUCGAAAUUUGAUAAUAAGUUGCCUCAAAAUGUUUGGCAUGCCGGUCAGAUUUUAUACUUGGUAACAUUGCUCAUAUUAAAUUUACUACUUCCCAUGAUGUCUCCACUGAUCUACACCCCAAUAAUUGUGAAAACAAAAAUAAAUAACACCGAUAUGUAUUCGCAGCACCAUGCUCAUAUUCAUAAAUAUGUUUUCUGGCAAAAUGUUUCGGUAUUUUCGUUUAAAACGAUCUCCUUGCCAUAUAUAUUUCAAGAUCUCGACUUUGUCCAAAUUAUAGGAAGAGUAUAUAUAUACGAUUGUUUCACAACACCACUAAUAAUUCAGCUGUCAUAUUUAUGGUGCAAUCGACACUUUUUGUUCACCAAUUUCCACUUCAAGACGUUUGUCAAAGUGUUGCUUGGUAAAGCUGAAAGUUCUGUUCACCCGAUUUCAGCACCAAUAGUGUUUUCUAUAACGUAA